GAAAACUUUGAAUUUCUUGUGUUAAAGCCUGUGGAGAUCGAUUUUGUCAAGAACAUUGUUAUUUUUCGAGCGGUGAAGGAAGCUGAACCGAAGGAAGAGUUGCAGAGUGUGAUGCCGGAAGCUGAGUCGAAGGAAGAGUUGCAGAGUGCGGUGACGGAAGCUGAGCCCAAGGAAGAGUUGCAGAGGGCUGUGACGGAAGCUGAGUCGAAGGAAGAGGUGAAGAGGACGGUGACGAUAGUAGAGUCGAAGGAAGAGUUGCAGAGGGCGGUGACGGAAGUUGAGUUGAAGGCCGAGUUGCAGAGGGCGGUGAAAGAGAUAAUUAGCUCGAUUGACAUCAAUGCCGCCGCCAUUGAUAGAGCCGAACGAGCGCUGCGCUCUCUGAGGAGCCUGAUUGAAAAGAAACGUCGAUCAUCAGUCGCUGAACAGAGCGCGAGUUCCGCACCAGAUGAAUUUCGUUGCUACCUUUCCAAAAAAAUCAUGAAGCAUCCUGUUCUUAUUGCCAAUGGUCAGACAUAUGAAAAGGCAUUCAUUCAAGAGUGGUUUAAAUCUGGGAAAAAAACAUGCCCGAGAACCCAACAGGAGCUUUCGCAUACGAACCUUAUACCUAAUCUUCUGGUUCAAGAAAUGAUAUCCGACUGGUGCAAGAGUAACGGCAUUCAUUUGCAAGACAAAGUAGAACAGCAAGGGAUGACUGAGGCUGACCGAAACAAUCUUCGAUCUUUGCUUCAGAGAAUUUCUUCAGGAUUGUCUAGUCAAAGAGAUGCUGCUAAAGAAUUGCGCAUGCUGACUAGAAGUAUGCAUCCUUUUCGGGCAUUGUUUGGGGAGUCUGAGAAUUUAAUCCCCCAACUUCUUUCCCCGCUGUGUGAAACCAUAAUACAAGAAGAACUCCAAGAAGACAUAAUCACUACCCUUUUCAACAUCUCACUCCAUGAUGACAACAAGAAGCUUAUUGCAGAAACCCCUAAGGUCAUUCCUCUUCUUAUUGAAGCAUUAGGAUCCGGGACGAUUGCAACAAGGAGCAAUGCAGCUGCUACCAUUUUCAACCUAUCAGCCCUGGAUUCCAAUAAGACACUCAUAGGGAAAGCCGGUGCCCUAAAAUCACUCAUUUGCCUAUUAGAAAAUGGGUAUCCUUUGGCAAUACAAGAUGCUGCUUCAGCUAUUUUCCGUCUAUGCACUCUUCAAGAAAAUAAUAUGAUGGCGGUUCGAGAUGGGGCAGUGGGUGUUGUAAUGGAAAAAAUUGUGAACAAAGUUAUCGUUGGUGAAUUGCUUUCCGUACUUGCUUUGCUCUCAACCAGUCAGAAAGCAGUAUAUGAAAUGAUAGAGCUUGGGGCUGUUUCACUCUUGCUUGGUUUAAUCAGGGAGACGCCAUCUGCUGUCAAUAAGGAGAACUGUGUGGUUGUUCUGUACGCAAUAUUUUUUAGUGACCGAAGUAAGUGGGAGGAGAUGAGGGAAGCAGAAAGUAGGCAUGGUACAUUAUCUCAACUUGCAGAAAGUGGUACUAAAAGAGCCAAAAGAAAGGCAAGCGGCAUUCUUGACCAACUGAAUAAGCCUUCCAAUACCACUCAUACCGCAUGAUGAAGACACUUGGAUGCACAUAUCUGUAAAUUCUAACGCUUUCAUACUCUUUGUGCCUUUACAAAUAUAUUGAGGCAUGCUAUGUUCGUUUACAACCAUUGUGUCUGUGUACAUACAAAAUGAUACAAUAUACCUUACUAGUCACUGAACAUAUAUACAUAGAUACCUUGCAUUCUGGCAUUUUA